UAAUGUAUGGUUUCAUCGAAGAAUUUCUGGCAUGGAAUCUCCAAGGUUAUCCUAUAUAUAGACAAACUUUGAGACCCUUCUGAGGUAAGCCGAAUCCGAUUACAUUUCUCAGUAACAUCUCUGCAGCCUCUUUGCUUGCCUACCCAUUUUCCGGAGAAAAUCUUAACAAGAAAUUUGGGGUGUGUGAACGUAGAAAUGGUGAGUGACAAGGGAAAGAAAUCAAGGGUCGUUGAGAAAGUGGAGGAUGAUGAGAAUCAUGCAGCUGACAUAAUUGAUAGUGAACUCGUUUUGUCCAUUGAAAAGUUGCAAGAGGUCCAAGAUGAACUCGAAAAGGUGAAUGAAGAAGCAAGUGAUAAAGUGUUGGAAGUUGAGCAGAAAUAUAACGAGUUACGCAGGCCUGUCUACGAAAAGCGCAAUGAAAUAAUUAAAUCUAUCCCUGACUUCUGGAUUAUUGCGUUCAUGAGUCAUCCAGCAUUUUCUGCUCUGCUGAGUGACGAAGACCACAAGAUCUUCAAGUACAUGCAUUCUCUUGAUGUCGAGGACUUUAAAGAUGUGAAAUCUGGGUACUCCAUCAUAUUUAAUUUCCGUGAGAAUCCUUAUUUUGAAAAUACAAAGUUGACAAAAACGUACAAAUUUCUUGACGAGGGAACUACAAAGAUCACCGGCACUACCAUUAAAUGGAAGGACGGCAUGGAUGCUUCCAAUGGAACCAAUAAUGAGAAAAAAGGAAACAAGCGUCCAUUCAGUGAAGAGAGCAUCUUUAGUUGGUUUGGUGAAACCGAACAGAAAGAUAUUGCCGAGCUUCAUGAUGAGGUGGCAGAUAUAAUUAAGGAGGAUUUAUGGCCCAAUCCUCUGAAGUAUUUCAACAAUGAGGCUGAUGAAGAAGAGGUGUCCGAUGGAGAUGAGGGUGAUGAAGAGGAAAAUGCUGAGGAUGAUGAUGGUAAAGAUGCUAGUUAAUUAGUUGCACAGCCAAACAUUCCGCUUCCUCUUUUUCUUCUCGACGGUUAUGGAACAAAGUCAUCGCAGCAUUGCAUCUUUGUUUGGGUUCAAGAGAUGGUAACUAUUAUAUUAGGAUGCACAAUACAUUUGCUUAGCUUCUUGAAUUGCUUUUUAUGGAAUUCAAGAUUUUCAAAGUUUCCAGUUUUGGCUAUGGAUAUAUGAUGCUUUAUACUCUUUUUGGCAUGUACUUCCAUUUCCAUUCUCUGGACAAAUGUGACUGUCAAACUUUAUCAUCGAAUAAAUAAAUGGUCUUUUAAGAAA